GUCCACGAAGAACAUUUGUGCCUGUAAACGGACUGGAAAGCUGAAGCAAUAUGGCCACAACUGAAGACUUUACCACCUCCGCUACAACUUAUUACAACUAUGACGAAGACUAUAAUGAUGAACUGUGUGACAAAACAAGCGUCACCGAGUUUGGAGCCAGCCUCACUCCAAUUUUCUUCUCCAUUGUCAUGAUCCUCAGCAUGUUUGGCAACAUCCUGGUCAUCGUGAUUCUGGCGAAGUACGAGAAUUUAAAGUCUCUCACCAACGCCUUCAUCCUGAACCUAGCUGUGUCAGAUCUCUUCUUCACCGCAGGUUUACCCUUCUGGGCUUAUUACCACACACACGGUUGGACUUUAGGGAACGUUACAUGCAAAAUAGUCAACUUUGUCUUCUGUAUUGGCUUCUACAGUAGCGGUAUCCUCCUCAUGCUGAUGACUGCCCACCGUUACAUAGCAGUCAUGAAUCCUCUGUCGAGCCUAGUGUCCACCACAGGAUGGUUCAGUGUUCUAGCGUGUGUGGUCGUCUGGGUAGUGAGUGUUUUGAUCGCAAGUCCAGCCCUCUUCUUCACUGAAGUCCAGAACCAGUUUUACUGUGUGUACUCAAACUCAACCUGGAGCCUGUGGGGAAUCUACCUGCAAAAUACCCUCUUUAUAAUUAGUUCAUUAGUGUUCAUCUUUUGCUACUCUCAGAUCAUAUGCCGACUGCUGCGUCCUACUGCUCAGAGGAGAAAGAACAAAACUCUAAAGCUGAUUUUUACAUUGAUGAUUGUUUUCUUUGUAGGCUGGACUCCUUACAAUGUGGUAAUAUUCCUGAAGUCUUUUUAUUUCUGGCCAAGACCCCCUGUUGACUCGAAUGCCGUCACUUCAAGCUGUGAAAUGUCCAAACAGCUGGAUUAUAUCUUUUACAUCAGCCGACUCAUCGCCUUCUCACACUGCUGCCUAAACCCGGUGUUUUAUGUCUUUGUGGGUGUUAAAUUCAAAAACCACUUGAAGAAAAUGCUGAAGGGCUGGCGCAAUGACAACAACAGCAUCCGCAACAGGCCAAACAGGCUCACGAUCACGUCUAUCACAAGUGGAGAAGAGUUCUCAAUGUAGCUUGAAAAGAGAAAUCUGAAAACCUUAACUUCAUCUCCUAAAUCCUGAUUGAAAAAUCCCAUUGGCACUCAAAAACUGCUUGAAAUACAAACUUUAAACAUACUGUUUUGUGGUUCAUUCUUAAUAUUUGGUAACAAUGGCAAAAUUUUUGUCAGCAUGCAAUGCCAAAAAGUGCAACAUACCCAUGUAAAGAUACACUUAACAACUGCCCCAUGAAACGUGUUCUCCUUCACAAUCUUUCUCCAUGCAGCGACUGACUACUGGUUCCAUGCUUGGCAAUCACUCCAACUAAUGUUGCCGUGCAAACUCACAAGUGUUAAUUUUGUCAAGUAAAUCUAUGACUAAAUGUGUUUGUUGACCACCUUUUUUCCACGAGGAAGACUGAACAAAGACUAGUACAAUUAGUUCAAAGAAAAUAAAAGCCUUUACUAACAUACACUAUAUGGACAAAAGUAUUAGGCCACACCUGUUAAUCAUUUAGUUCAGGUGUUUCAAUCAAACCUGUCACCACAGGCAUAUCAAGUCAAGCACCUAGCCAUGCAGUCUCCAUUUGCAAACAUUUAUUAUCCUCAACCCCACUGAGCAUAUUUGGGAUGAAGUUGAAUGGAGAUUGUGAGCCAGGCCUUCUCGUCCAACAUCAGUGCCUGACCUCAUAAAUACAGCAUUUAUGAGGUCAACUCCAUGUUAAAGUACAUGUAUGAGUACAAUAUUAUUAUUAUUACAAUAUUAUUAUCUGUUGGUGUGAUGGUCAGGUGGCCGAAUAGUUUUGUCCAUAUAGAGUUUAAGAACUAAAACUGGUCUAAUGCUUUUGAGUUUUUGUCGACCAAAACAAGACUAAAGCUUUAAAGAGUGAAAAAUGACUAAAAAUAGCACCAAAACUAAAAGGCAUUUAAAUUUAAGAUAGUUGCCAAAAUGAACACUGCUAACAGCCUGUAACUAACAACUUACUGCACUCUUUGAGGGAAAGUGCGUGUAUUGUUAUGCUGGCUCUCAUAUCAUAUCUUACAUGAAAGAAUGAACCAUUAUGUGGAAAUGAUUUUGUUUUAUGAACACAAAUUUACUCAGAUUUGUGAAUGUGGCGUCUGUGUCACUGAAAGCAUCCACUUGCAGAUGUUGCAGUUCAGCUUUCUUACAAAGAGAAACACCCUAACCCUACAUCAGCUGUUUUUUUGUCACUGUUCUCACUGAGCCCUCAGCUGAAAGUUCAACUUUUUUAACCCUGCUGCACCCGUCAGUGUCACUUUUCCUUCACCAACCAAUAAAAAACAAGGAGGGCCAACUUUGUCAUCAAGAAUAGUGGAAGAGAAAGUGAUCUGACCUGUCUGACCUAUACAGUUUCUUAUUUUUUUCUUUUUCCUUUUUUUGUGGGAGUGUGGGUGUGGGGCUUACUGGACUGGCCAGCUACAUAGAUUUGAAAAUAGGGUUAAAGGGAUAGGGGGAGAUAUGCACCUUUACUUAUUUUUUAAUGUUUUGUAGGUGAUUUUCCCUGAAAUAAAAUCAAAUAUUAAGGAGCAUGCUUAAUAAGAUUAUAAAAUAGCUUGUAUAUAAAAGUUUUAACUCUUUUUGGCCGAUCUGGGCCGGGAAAAAAUAAAAAGUAUAAAAGUUGUAUGAUAUUUCUUCAGCUUGUGCAGUCACCAGAGUAUGGAAGUCCUAAGUCAUGAUUGUGAGAUAAAACGUUGAAAUUGUGAGAUAGAAAAUCGAAAUUAUGAGUUAAAGAGUCAUAAUUAUAAUAAAAAGUCAAAAUGAUGAGAUUAAAAGUCAUAAUUAGGACUUUUAAUCUCAUAAUUUCAACUUUGUGUCUAAUAAUUAUUAUUUAGUAAUUUUUGUUUUUAAUUGCCUUACUUCUACAUUUUUUCUUUUUAAAGUGGCAGAAAUGGGCUUCCAUAAUAGAGGCUUUGUAAAUCUGUCAUCCAUGAGUUAAAUUUAUAUUAACAGUUCAUGUAAUUAUGGCAGCAUUUAUUCUCAUAUGUCACUGAGUAUAUACUAGGUAUUUGUAGGAGUGUAAGGCUUAUGUUUAAUGACAAUUACAUGUAAUUUACUAAGUUUUAUCAUGCUUAAAAAGAUUUUUCUGGCCAUUUUGCCUUUUUUUGAAGAGAGCAAGACAGUAGUGUCAUACAUCAGGUAGAGAGAGAGGGAAUGACAUGGGGGGAAUGAAGCCGUAGGUCAAACCCAAACCCGGGUCGCCAAUUUGAAGGACUUGAUUCCAUGUACGGGGCACAGCCUAACAGCUAGGAGCCUCAGUAGAUCAUGCUUUCAAAUAAGAAAACUGUAUUUAUGUGUUAAAGUUUGUUUGUUUGAAUUAUUGUAAAAGUGAUUUGGUUUAAUCAUUUCGUAUUCCCGUACGAGCAAAAACAAAUCAUAUCUGUCUAAAUAUUUUGUUGUUUGAGUAUUAUGACAUAAACCAUUUUCUGUAAUACUUUCCAUUAUGAUAACAUUGUCAUCAUUAAUUCUUUACAAUAAAAUAACAUCACUGA